ACAACACUGUUACCCAGGCUGACUGGAGCUGUAGAGAGCUACGACACAGUUACCCUGGCUGACUGGAGCUGUAGAGAGCUACGACACUCUGUGCCUGGAAUUGUUGUCUGUGAUAGCUCUGUUAAAACCUGCUCUAGGUGAUAGCAGCUCAAUUGUUUGCUUGCAGGAGUCUGUACAUGUGUAUGUUACUGCUAGGAUUACCACUGUUACGGCUGGCUGUGUAGUGUGUUGUCUGGCGUUGUCCGUGGCACUGGUGGAAUAAGUACAGUUCAUACCAUGGUGGCAUCCUUGUGGCAUCAUAGUGGCAUCAUAGUGGAAGUGUUAGUGGCAGUUUGACUGUCAGCUGUGGGAUUAGGUGUGCGAUAUUCUAGGAAAUUUGGAUUGCAUUUUGUUAUAAAGCAAACUACAGGUUAGCCUGGAGGCAGUGUUAGGGAUUGUGUUGAGAGUGUAUUGAGUUGGGAUUGUACUUUUGGUUCUGGCUGAGUUACAAGACCAAACAGGUAUGAGGACGCUGGUGUGGUUAUGACGAGUCGGAGCACAUAGGACCAGUUGAAAGUCAUGAAUGACUGGUGUACGUGACAGUGAGCUUUUUUAUUUUGAGUGAUUUAACCUUGGACUGGUGACCUUUUGACCCCUGACCUCUGUCACCAAGUCAACCUUCAAGCAGCCAUGGGAGAACCUACAGCCAAAUGGAACCUCCUGCAACUUGCCUUUAUAGCGGUCUACCCAGCAUGCCUGUCCUCUAUACGGAUGGUAGACGGUAUGGCCCUACUUGCCCUGUAUGUUUUCCUGUUUAUACUGUGUAUACCACCAAUGUUCAUACAACACAAACUGGGAGGCUACGAACAGAAAGGCAUUGUGGGACUGUUUUCCAGAUAUCUGCCGAUUGCAAAGGGAGUGGGUGUGGCCCUGCUGAUUGACCUGUUCCUGACCUGUGUGUACUUUGCGCCCUUGGUUUGUCACUUUGGGAUGUACGCAGUGAUCUCUAUGAUCCAGGAGCCAUACCUGUGGGAGGGCUGUAGUAACGUAUGGAACACGGACAAAUGUGUGGAGAACCUGCCUGUAACCAUGCACUCUCAAAACGAGGGAGUGUAUUACAACCGGUUGUCAGGACAGGCAUCAGAUGUUGCUAGACAGACGCCAGAAAAGGAAUUCUUCAACAUGCAGUACCUUCAGAUCACUGAUAAGAUCUCGGACAUCCGAGGAUUUCCCGUGUGGAACAACACCGCUCCAUUCCAUGAUAUUGGAUUCUCCAUGCUUCCAGUCGGCCUCACUGUUGUCUGGAUUGUCGUGUUCCUCAUCGUGGGAUUUGGCGGCCGAGUCUGUGGCUGGAUCCUGUUUGUGAUGUGCCCUGGGUUCCUGGGUACGCUAUUUGCUGUCUUAGUAUACGGCUACAUGAACCUAGACAAGGCCGCCUCAAACCAAUUCCUCAGCAGAUUCUACAACCUGAACUUUGAUGGUUUUGUUGACAUCCGUACCAACAGAAAACUCAUCACGGACUGGGAGAAAGGGUUUAGCCUCCUGAUGAACUCAUUUCCUGUGUGGACAGCCAUUCCUGCCACCCUGGGCAAGAUGACUGGGCGAGGCAAAGUCAGCCGUAACUUGGGUUGGCUACUUAUCAUACUUGUAUAUGCCUGCAUAGUCCAGGUACCUCAGCUAGCCAUGGCUCCCUAUCUAGGCAACCUGCUCGACAAAACCUCGUCAUCCCUACCCGAGAGCACCUUCCUAGAUUUCAAUAACGUGGGCAGUUCUUCAGGGAGCACUGUAGAUACCUGUAUCAAGGUCGUAUUUCAGGCCAUGCCUGCAGCGUUCUCCAUACUGAACAUCCCCAAGCAGUACGCCAUGCUUUUCUUCCUGUCUCUCUUCCUUAGUGGAGUUAUGUUCCUGUCUGUGGGUAUGCUGACUAUCGUUGACAACAUCUGUGACAGUUUGUUUUCCCGAUCUUCACGUUUAUCGUCUCACAAAAUCCUCGUCAACUUCGUCAUCUCAUUCAUCAUGAUUGUACUAGCCCUGGGGGCGGGCUUCAUUCACAUGACCCAGGCGGGCAUGUAUUACACUGUACUGAUGGACCAGUCCGUCCUCAGACUCCGCUUCAUCACCGUCGCUCUGCUGGCAUUCUCCAUUAUCAUUGUGUAUGUAAGAAAUCGUUUUGCUGUAGCAGAAAAAGUGCUGCUGAGUAUAUGGUGUAUACUGGCUGCCAUAGGAGCUACUGGUUUCUGGUUGUACUCCUUCAUCAUCACUAAAAACAUCCCCAUUAGUUACGCGGGCCACCAGGUGUCUGACCUGUGGGAACUCAUCAGCUGGCUACUGGCCGGCGUACCCUACAUCGCCAUCCCAGCCGCGGCUAUACACAGCUGUAUGCUGUACGAGGGCGACUGCAGUGAGCGGUCACGUUACCUCCUGUGUGGAGGUGAUGAAGAUGAUGACGAUGAGGAGGAACCAAGGAACUAUGAUGGUUAUUUCCCCACUGAACCCACAGCCCCACCCUACAGCUACAUGGACCCCGGGGGUCAGCAUUAUAGCCAUUCUCUCUACCCUGUUGAUGACCUUCACAAAGCAACCUACGACCCUGAGAUGGAGCCUCUUAACUCUGACGUACGGACAAGUCGGAUAUAAAUAUGGAAAUUUAGUGGCUGAAAGUUAUAAGUUAUGAAAUCUACAUGUUAAAAGGACUGACGAGGAUCCAAGGGGAAGAUAAUUCACUAAAUAAAGGAAAAGAGGAAGAAAGAGUUCUGUGUCUUUGAAAACAGUGAUAAAGGGCAGACAACUCAGUAACAAUGAAGUGUUAAAACUGUUUGGAGCUAUCUGCCCUUGUGACCUGAGAUUAAUUGGGAUUAAGUUAAGCCAGUGUUCUACAAAUCAACAACAGCUUGAUUAUUGAUUUCUUCUGUUGUGAACUAGGACUGAUAGGACCUGAUCGGCUUCCUACAAAACAACAAUAAUGCGGAGUGAUCUCCCCUUGUAUGAUGAAUUGAUAUUAUAAUGGAUGGGACAGUUGUAUUAUGUUUGGAUAUAUGCUGUAGUUGUUACUUCUUCAAAGACAAAUGGAUAUCAGAUGUAUCAUUCAGCAGAAAUGUUGAUAAAGCUACAACUGAUGUGGUCCAGUGAAGUUGUACACACACAAUAUGUUGUGAGGUAAUCACCAUUUUCCUAAUGACUAAAUGGGCAGAUAACUCUAGAGAAAGCAAGCAUCAUUGUACAAAUGACUUGUUGUUGUGUUAAUUGUCUUUCUGAACAUUUGGCACAGACAUGAUGUUAAAUGUAACAUAAAGAAAUCUAGAAUUGUUUCUAUUUCACAGUUUUUUAGUGAUGAGAUUUUAUAAGAGAAUAUUUCAGUUUUUAUGUUAAAAACAGAAAAUACAUGUGUAUGCACAUAUAAGCAGGUAGUUUCACAACAUCAAUGUAAAUAGUGAAUACGUUUAAAGUGUAAUGAUGGAACAAUCUUGGGACAAAGAAAGCAAUGAAUACUAGUCAAUGUACAGUCUGUUUGGAUAUAUGUUCAAGGGGGGACAACUAUAUAUCUUUCAGGGGAGAUAAUUGCAGGCAAUUGUACACUCUGAAAAAAGAUGAGGACAAGUUCUUUGGAUGUGAAAUGAAUGCAGAUCAUAUUUCAUGAAUGGAACACAACUGUUUAACUGGCUAAUGGGAGUUCACAGUUGCAAGAUCAAAUGGAAAUACAUGUUGUAAAUGUGUAACAAGAUAUUUGUAAUCAUGAAUGAGACCAUUCAGAAUGUGUGAACAUCAAGGAGAUGAUCCCAAAAUCGAGUGUGAAGCCAUUAGCAUUGAGGAUGUGAUCUCCAAAGGCUCAAAGGGGAGGUAACUCUCUUAAUCAAACACUCAGGCCAUUAUACAAUGCCAUGCACCACUCAUGCUAUCCUACAGUGCCCUGUUCCACCCUGCCUUUUUUGGAAUGGCUACAUCUUGUCUCAGGCUGAAGCCACUGGAGCACUGUGUGCCAGUUCUUCAAGUGUAAUCAGAAGAGGACAGCAUCUAUGUCCCACCAAUCAUAAUUAUUCAAAAGUUGUCAUCAAUAGUCUAUAAAAAAAUCACAUUCAUCGAUGUUACCGAUACAUCCGGUAUUUUCUUAUUGGUACCUGUGUUCAAUCUGGAAAAGCCAAGAAAAUUAACUUGAAUUGAACACAUGUACAUUGCCUUACUUUUAAAAAUUCUGACCUAUGUGGUAAUGUGUCUGUAAUGCAAUGUGUUUUAAUUGUUAUUAUGACUGGAACAUCGAUGGGGAGAGUUGAUAUUAUAAUGUGGGCUUUCACAGAACAGGCCAAAAAAAAUUGGGGAAAAAUAGAAAUUGAUAGUGUCUAUAUCAAAGGGAGAUAACUGGAGGGCAUGACCUCAUUCACAAAUUUAUCUACCAUGGACUAAAAGCUGUUUUUACAUUAUCUGAUUUUUGUUUUGUUUUGUUGUUGAAAUUUUCACAAUGACAACUAUCUGAUAAAAGAUUACUGCCCAAUGUAAGACAUAUAAGCUGCCUGACAAGGUCAGAGAUUAACUGCCUAGCAAGGUCAGAGGUGAACUGUCUUACAAGGCCAAAGGUUAACUGACCAACAAGGCCCAAGAUAAACUGCCUGAUAAGGUCAGAGGUUACCUGCCUGACAGGGUCAAAGGUUAACUGCCUAACAAGGUCAGAGGUUAACUGCCUAACAGGGUCAAAGGUUAACUGCCUAAUGAGGUCAGAGGUUAACUGUCUAACAAGGUCAGAUGUUAACUGACUAACAAGGUCAGAGGUUAACUGCCUAACAAGGUCAGAGGUUGACUGCCUAACGAGGUGAAGUUUGCAUUUAUCAUUCAUUAUUAAAAUUCACACAAUGUGUAAAAUAUUAAUAAGGUCUUAGAUUAUUUUAUCAAUAUUAUCACUGGUCGGUGUGUGUUUCAUGUUGAGAUUUUUAUAGCUAUUGGAUAAUUACUAACAUAGAGUGACUUACUUAAAUCAGAUAGCUGUCAAAAUUGAUUACUAUACCAUAUAGACAAAGAAUGAAUUAUAUAUGUUUACAUACGGGAGAGUUUGUUAAUUGAAAUAACAUAUACGGGAGAAAUAAUUGUUUAUAGAAAAUUGUAAGAGAUUUUAUUUAUGUAAUGUGUCAUGUUUUUAUGAUGAAGUUUACAGAAAAAAUGUUUCAUCGAAACUUUAUGUUGAAAGACAAAAAAAAAUCCAUAACAUCUUUUAACUAAACAAAUUAACAUUUUGAUCUCCGAUCAUAGAAAAACUCUAGUGAAACAUUAGUCUUCUUUUUUUUUUAUUUCAUCAUGAAAUUUUUAAUAUUCCUUUAGGCUUAUUAAACCUUCAUUAGAGUAUUGAAUACUUAAAAACAUUACAGAUUUAUUCAGAGAUGAAUAUUGAAAGCAUAACCACAUUCCUAGACUCCCGUUAUCCCUGUCACCACUGUAGACCAUACUAGACUCAUCCAGGUCAAUGAACGGUAGUGUCUACUAAAAUUACUUAUCGGUGAAACGGUUAUUCUCUAAAUUUCUUUAUCAACCAAACACAUUGUUGUCAUAUGAUAGGGUUUUUAGACUUCCAAGAUAAGUGGCCUAAUCAAUAUUAAUCAAGUUAUAACAGUUACAAUUUGUACCACUAACUUGACAAAGUCUGUGUGUAAUCGAGGCCCACAUGUUGCAUUCUGGCUACAGAUGGGUGUUUUUCUCCGAGCACUUUCGUUUUUCCUCCACCACUGUAAACCUGACUCAUAUUAUAAAUAACCAUAUUUUAUUGCUAUUCAUAGGCAGAAAGUAAACCAAACCAAUCAUAACCCUCCUAGCACACCUGGCUUUACUUCCUGUUCUUUAUUUGGGUAAAUUACCCAUUUUUUUGGUAUCAAUGUUUCUUUGGUUGUAGUUGUCAUUCCAUAAAGACUUAGUUGUAAAUCUAGACCUGUGCUUUACACUGUAUCUAAAUUUAACACAUUUUGACCAUUUCUUUUCAUGAUAUAACAACAAUACAUAUUUUUCAGAAUUUGUAUUUGUAUUUUUUUUAUUUUUUUUUUUAAAUAUUUGUUAGUUAAAAAAGGGAAAUUUAUUCUAGCUAUUUUGAAGAUUUAUUAGCAUCAAGUGAUUUACUCUUAUUUAAUAGUCACCAAAAUUUUUAAUCAAAUAUUUUCAAUUAAAAUGUUCACAGUGUAACUUUAACUGCUAAUACUAGAUAUAUACCUAAACAUCUUGUUACAGAGGAUAUCUGUUCUGUAUAUAAAACAAAUUUCUUUCUCUUAUCUUCAGAAUGAGAGAUUAUAAUAAAACUUUCCUUAUUCAACUCAUUCACACCUGAAGACACAUUUGAACUCUCCCAAUACAAAAAUUGGAAUAGUUUAUUAUGAAAUGUCAGGGGUGAAUGAGUCAAUGGAUUUCAACGAUUUACACAUAGUUGUAGAUUUUUUUUAUAUCUUGAAUGUUUUUCUUUUGAUUUAAAAAAAAAGUGUAGGAGUAGAACUAACUCAUUCA